AUGACGGGUGAGAAUACGCCGUUGUUACACAAAGUCACCAUUUCCGAGCCCGGAACGCCUCCCCGGCCAGGAACCCCGACUCUCCGACCCAACCUCAUCAGACACAUCUCCAACAAUUCGGUCAAGCCCUCGUCCUCUUCUAGCAAUGACGAUGAUCACCACAGACUGGUUCCUCCACCAACUCCAAAGGCCCUACGGCCCAAAAUGAAGUCCUACUGGGCUUACUACAUCCCCGCCAUGGAGUGGAUCCCCCAUUACACUGCGACCAAGUUCUGGGGCGACUUUUGUGCCGGUGUGUCAUUGGCUUCUUUCCAGAUCCCACUGUCAAUGUCCUACGCCACUUCCCUGGCCCACCUUCCGGCUGUUGCAGGUCUCUACGGACUAGUAAUCCCGCCGCUAGUGUACGCGAUAUUUGGAUCUGUGCCCCAGAUGAUUGUGGGUCCUGAAGCCGCCAUCUCUCUGGUCGUGGGCCAUGCCCUCAAACCCUACCUGCACCCUGACAGUGACAACGUCAUCAAACCCAUUGAGGCCAACGGAAUCAUUGCCGGAGCUACAGGCGCCAUUCUGCUGUUUGCCGGCCUCGUCCGAUUCGGUUUUCUCGACUCCGUGCUCUCCAGAGCGCUUCUGAGAGGCUUCAUUUCGGCCGUUGGUAUCGUCAUGUGCAUCGACCAGAGUCUUGGGCUACUCAAGCUCAACGGUCUGUUUGCCGAGCUGUCGCCCAACAACGAAACCACCUUUUCCAAGCUCGUGUUCGUCAUCACACACUGGCAUCAGGCCCAUAAACUGACUGCUGCCAUCGGUCUGUCUGCCCUGGUGGUACUGGUGAUCCUGCGAAGUCUGAAGAAGAGGCUACGAGAAAAGAUCUCCUGGAUGCUUUUCGUGCCAGAGAUUCUCAUUGUCGUUGUUGUCUGCACCGUUCUGACUGAUGUGUUUGACUGGGACCGAGAAGGAGUGCUUGUUCUGGGCAAAGUCAAACCUGGAAAGCUCCACCUGAGAUUCCCUCUCACCCCCAGCACCUGGACCGACUUCAAGGCUACCUUCUCGGCAUCUUUCAUUCUUGCCGUGCUUGGAUUCUUUGAGUCUACCAUUGCUGCAAAGUCGCUGGGUACCACCUUUGACGUCGCUGUCUCCACCAACAGAGAACUGGUUGCUCUGGGUCUGUGCAACUUCUUUGGCUCGCUCUUCUGCGCCCUUCCUGCCUUUGGAGGCUACGGUCGAUCCAAGAUCAAUGCUCUUUCUGGAGCCACGACCCAGAUGUCGUCUGCCGUCCUGGCCAUCAUCACCAUGCUGUGUACAGCCUACCUGAUGCCCUACUUCUUCUACCUGCCUUCUUGUGUGCUGUCGGCUGUCAUUACUGUGGUUGGUCUUUCUCUCCUGGAAGAGGCUCCCGGUGAUAUUGCAUUCUACUGGAAGGUGGGAGGCUACCAGGAGCUGUUCACUCUGUUCCUCACGCUCUCCACGACCAUCUUCUGGUCCGUCGAGACCGGUAUUGCUGUCGGAGUGGGUCUCUCUGUGGUUCGAGUGAUCCACCAUGCCACACGUCCCCGAAUCCAAAUUCUGGCUCGAAAGCCCGGCACCAACGACUUCUUCAACGCCGAUCUUAGUCUUGACAACGAAGAUGGUACUCAUUCUGAGCUCGAGGAUAUUCACGGAUGUCUGAUUGUCAAGAUCCCCGAGCCUCUUACCUUCGCCAACACGGGAGAUCUCCGAACCCGACUGGGUCGUCUGGAGCUGUAUGGUUCCAUGAAGGUGCAUCCCUCGCACCCUCGAAUCCGAGACGACGACAUGACGCAGUUUGUCAUUUUCGAUCUCAACGGAAUGACCGAAAUCGACGUCAGUGCGGCCCAGAUUCUCAUGGAGAUUGUGUCCCGGUACAAGGACCGAGGCCUGGAGGUGUACUUUACGCGAGUGCCCAACGACCACAAGAUCCGACAGCUGUUGGACAAGUCUGGUAUCAGUAAGCUGGUGGCCGAUGAUAACGCCGUUUACUACAAUUCUAUAGAGGAGGCUUUGCGACAUAUCGAUAGUGAGGCUUAG